AUGACAGGUACUAUACCACAUGAGAUAGGUGAUCUUCCAAAUUUAGAGAUAUUGGCAGUCCAUGUUAAUAAUCUGAAUGGCUUCAUCCCAACCACAAUCUUCAACAUGUCCACAGCAAGUUUAAUAUCACUUGGUGUUAAUCAGCUUUCAGGCAGCCUUCCACCAGAUUUAGGUCUUCAGCUUCCAAACCUACAAGAGCUUUAUGUAGGUAGCAAUUUGCUCACCGGCGUAUUCCCAAAAUCCAUCUCCAAUGCUUCUAACCUCACUACCCUAGAGUUGGCCGGGAACUCAUUUUUCGGCUAUAUUCCUAGAACUCUCUGCGGCUUACAAGACCUUCAGUUGCUUAACUUAGAGGGCAACAAAUUAACCAUUGAUACUUCCACUCCAGAAGCAAACGCUUUUCCCUGUCUGACCAACCUUAGAAAUUUGAAUGAAUUAUACUUGGACUUUAACCCAUUAAACACCACCUUUGCCCUUUACCGUGGAAAUCUCUCUGCAUCACUUCAAUAUAUUUAUUUAAGCAAUUGCAACAUUAGUGGUAACAUUCCCAAUGAUAUUGGAAACAUGAGCAGCUUAGUACUGUUGGACUUGGGAUACAAUCAAUUCAGUGGAUCAAUUCCAAUUACAAUUGGAAGGCUACAGAAUCUCCAAGGUCUGUACUUGAAUGAUAACAAACUGCUAGGACACAUCCCACAUCAGCUUUGUCAUUUAGAAAACCUAGCUGAAUUACUUUUGGGUGGUAACCAACUCUCUGGUUCUUUACCUUCUUGCUUGGGUAAUCUGGCGGCACUAAGAAGUCUAUCAAUAAAGUCCAAUUUGUUGAAUUCAACAAUUCCAUCUACCUUGUGGGGACUGAAAGAUAUCUUGCAUUUAGACCUUUCAUCUAAUUCUCUAGUUGGACCUCUCUCCGAAGGUGUUCAAAAAUUGAAAGCUGUGAUAGACUUGGAUUUUUCAGACAACAGUUUAUCAGGUAUUAUACCAAGCAGCAUUGAGGGUCUGCAAAACUUGGUCAAUCUCUCCUUGGCAGAUAAUAUGUUAGAAGGCUCUAUUCCUGGUUCAUUUGGAAAAUUAGUGAGCCUAGAGCUCUUGGAUCUAUCCAGAAACAAUCUAUCUGGAGUCAUUCCGAAGUCUUUAGAAGCACUAUUACAUCUCAAGUAUCUAAAUUUGUCUUUCAACAGACUCCAAGGAGAAAUUCCAACAGGCGGACCUUUCAGAAACUUCUCUGCUCAAUCAUUUGUCUCAAGUGGCGAACUCUGUGGUGCACCCCGACUACUUGUUACAACGUGCAAGAGUAAACCAAGUAGAUCCAUCUUGAAAUAUAUUAUACCAGGGAUCUUGUCAGCAAUAUUCAUAGUUACCUCCAUUUGGAUAGUGAUACUACGUAGAAGAAAGAUUGUGGAAGCUGCAAAAGAGACUACAUUGUUACCUCAACUUCUAUAUAGAAGAGUUUCGCACCUCGAACUUGUUAGAGCAACAAAUGCAUUUAAAGAAAGCAACUUACUAGGCCGUGGUGGUUUUGGCUCGGUAUAUAAAGGAACAUUUUCUGAUGGGAUAGACGUUGCCAUAAAGGUUUUCAAUUUACAGUUAGAAGGGGCGUUUAAGAGCUUCGAUAUUGAGUGUGAAAUGCUAGCCAAUAUUCGUCAUCGAAAUCUUAUCAAAAUCAUCAGUUGCUGUAGUCAAAUUGAUUUCAAAGCUGUGGUACUGAACUACUUGCCUAAUGGGAGCCUUGAGAAGUGCUUGUAUUCUGCAAACUUUUGUUUGAACAUCUUGCAGAGAUUGAGUAUUAUGAUAGAUGUUGCAUCGGCAUUAGAAUAUCUUCAUCAUGGCUAUGAAACACCUAUUGUUCACUGUGAUUUGAAGCCCAGCAAUAUCCUACUGGAUGAGGAUAUGAGUGCACAUGUUGCUGACUUUGGCAUUGCAAAACUUUUGUGUGGAAGAGAUUCGAUGACCCAAACCAUCACUCAAGCCACAAUUGGAUAUAUGGCUCCAGAGUAUGGAAUGGAAGGAAUAGUUACUAGAAGAGGGGAUGUGUACAGUUUUGGUAUCGUAUUGAUGGAAACAGUCACAGGAAAGAAGCCAACGGAUGAGAUGUUUAUUGGGGAAAUGAGUUUGAAGCAAUGGGUUGCAAAUUCACCAGUACUUGAUGUUGUGGAUGCCGACUUACUUGGGACAAAAGCAGAGGAUCGUGAUUUUGAAAACAAGAGCGAGUGUCUGUCAUCCAUUAUGAGAGUAGCUCUAGCUUGUUCCACAGAAUCACCGGAACAGAGGAUUAAUAUGCAAGAGGCUCUAACCACGCUGAACAAAAUCAAGAUCAAGUUUUUGAAGGACGAGAUGUAGUGUUGAACCAUUCUCUCUUGUU